GGGUGACAGCAGUCGGACGACGAAGUUGUAAAAACACCCAGGUAGUGAGGGUGAAAAGACGCGUUUAAGGAGGUUAAAGGAAGCUAAAGGAGGCGAAUUUAAGCCUUUUUUGGUGUUUGCAGGCGCCAACGAACUGGAAUAACCUUUUUUAUGUUAACUUACUUAAUGUGAAGAAUUUGUGAAGUAUUUAUACGUUUUUUUCUAUUUGCACUAGUUACUAAGGGUAACGUUACUUCAGCUACUGAACCUGUUUUUUAAAGAGGAAAGAACUGGAUCUCUCAUCUGUGGAAGGAGACAUUAUUUCCUCUGCAACCAGCACUUUGUUCCUUUGCCUGGCUCCAGCUGAACCUUGUCCUGUGGGAGGCUUGAUUGUAACAGCACAAGAUUUCCACCGCUCACCGGAAAUAGUGAUAUUUUGCACCUGGGCCGUUCAGCAGCUAUGCAGCUUGAAAUCCAAGUAGCACUCAACUUUAUAAUUUCUUACUUGUACAAUAAGCUGCCGCGGCGGCGCGUGAACAUUUUCGGCGAGGAGUUGGAGCGGCAGCUGAAGCAGAAAUACGAGGGACACUGGUAUCUGGACAAGCCAUACAAAGGAUCUGGGUUUCGCUGCAUACACGUCGGGGAGAAGGUGGACCCAGUCGUCGAGCAAGCAGCCAAAGAGAGCGGGUUGGACAUCGAAGACGUCCGCAACAACCUGCCUCAGGACCUUAGCGUUUGGAUCGAUCCUUUCGAGGUGUCUUAUCAGAUCGGGGAGAAGGGACCCGUCAAGGUGCUGUACGUGGACGACAGCAACGACAACGGGCUGGAGUUGGACAAAGAGAUCAAGAACAGCUUUAACCCCGAAGCCCAGGUCUUCAUGCCAAUCGCCGAGCCCGUGGGACCCUCGCCCACGUCCAGCUCGCCGUCUCCUCCUUUCGGCCAGUCGGCCUCGGUCAGUCCCACCUUCAUGCCCCGCUCCACCCAGCCCUUAACCUUCACCACUGCCACCUUUGCCGCCACCAAGUUCGGUUCCACCAAGAUGAAGAGCAGUGGGCGGAACAACAACAACAGCAACAAGGUGGCGCGGAGCUCCCCCACCAACCUGGGCCUGAAUGUGAACAACCUCCUGAAGCAGAAAGCCAUCUCCACGUCGAUGCACUCUCUCUACGGCCUGGGCUUGGGCGGGCAGCAGCAGCAGCAGCAGCCGAAGACCUCGGCCCUGUCGCCCAACGCCAAGGAGUUUGUGUUCCCCAGCCUGCAGGGCCAGGGCAGCCCAAGUGCAAUGUUCCCCGGGGAGGGCACCCUCAGCCUCGGCUCUCUCCCGUACAGUAAUGCCUUUGACGUGUUCGCCGCCUACGGGGGCCUGAACGAGAAGUCCUUGAUGGACGGCCUGAAUUUCAGCUUGAGCAACAUGCAGUAUUCUAACCAGCAAUUCCAGCCAGUGAUGGCCAACUAGGAAACAAAGAUGUGACUAAAAUGACCAGAGAUAUGUGACUGGGGUCGGGGCGGGAGGGUUGCGGGGGACGGGUGCUUAUUUUCAAAAAUUCUGAAAAAGAGGAAAAAAAUAGAAAAGCGAAAAAGAGAAAAGCUUACAUGUCAACUGUACAGUCCCAGUGUACAAGUCUAAGAGCAUGAGCCCGAGGGUGAACUACUUGGCCCCCUUGAGUUGUUUAUUUUUUUGUUUAGUUUUUUUUUUUUUGUUUUCUUUUUCUUACUUUUUUAUUAUUAUAUUAUUUUUUUUAAUAAUGAAGCUUGUAGUACGACGUGUCCAAGCUUGGUUACCUAAAACUCAACAUUAUAUUGUUUUUCUUUUGCCAACCAAGCACAAAAUUAUUUUUAUUGAUUGACCGUUUUAAGAUAUCUCUAUGAGGAGGAAUUAAAACACAAGUCAUGGCCUCUUACAGUAUUUAAGAUAUAGCUGGACAGCCAAUUUUCAAAGGAUUGGCAAAAAAAGAAAAAAAAAAAACUAAGUGGGAUUUCCUGGUCUUUUUUCUAAUUGUAUAAUUUAAUUUAGUACAGAGUUUGUAAAAUAUCAGAGUAUAUAUUGUUUCUACGACAUGGUAUUGCAUUUAUAUCUUUUUACUACUCCAGUGAUCCAUGAUGGCUGCAGCAGCUUUUGUGUUAUUUUCUUUUUUUUAUUGAAAUUGUAAAAAGAAAAAAUGAAUCCAUCUUUAAAAAAAACAUCUACUAUACUAAAGAUUGUGUACAGAAUAUUCCGUAGUGGUGGGAUUUAAGAAUAUUUACUUUUUUGAAAAAAAAACAUAAGAGUUGUAUUUUCUGUUAAGAGUUAAAAGAUUUUUGCUAUAUUAUGGACAAAUUGUAAUCGUAUAUUAAUUUUGUACCUACAUUGUGCAAUACUUGAUAAACAAAACGGUAUAACAAAGUAUUUGGAGUCAGUGUCUUACAUGUAAAGAGGGACUGAUAGUUUAUUAAGUUUGUAUUAAAAUGCUUGAAAAUA